AUGAAGCACCUGGUCGCAUUCACCCUCAAUGCCGCUCUCGUGCUGGGGGUCGUUGUCCUCCAACGGCGUGACGAGUCCACACAACAGCACCCUCUCCUUGACAGCUUUCGUCAUUCCCCAGGCAUCGCAACCGAUGACGCGCUGGUUCAUCAGUGCAUCGCACCGGGCGUGGUCUGCGUCGACAAACAUGGGGCCAACCUUCCUUAUCCCUUCUGGCGGGAUUCUCCGAACGGCACCUACGCCUCCAACCUGGCGGACAUCGAGUUCACCGGCGGCCGAGGCCAACCCAAGUCGACCUCCUGGGAGCAGGUGGAACGAGCGGACUUUGUGGUCUUCGACGAGGAGCGUGGACGGAAGCUCCUGGGCGAGAACCCCCGCGUGGACUUUGUCUUCUCCGUCAAUCCGUGGGCGCUGCAUGAGGCGCCGACGUACGUGCCGGGCCUCCACCAGAUCUUCUUCUCGGAGCUCUCGCCCAUGCUGGAGCAGUUCGUCAUCGAGUUGAAGGUCGACCCGCCCACCCUGUCCACAUUCCGGGCGGAUCCCCCCAUCUACGUGCCCAACGGCGGGUUCUACCACGACGGGCUGAUCUACUACUCCGUGGCCGGCAGCAGCCACCAGCACAAGCAGCGGCCCGGCCUCGUCACCCUUGAUCCAUGGACGAAGAAGUCAUCCACCCUGCUGAACAACUACUAUGGCCUGACCUUCACGGACUGUGACGAUGUCAUCGUCGACCCCGUCACGGGCUUCGUCUGGUUCACCGUCCCCUAUUACUCCUGGUGGCUGGAGGUGGCCGACACGCCGCCCCAGCUCAAGUCCGCCACCUAUCGCUUCGAUCCGGCCACGGGGUCCACGGUCGUCGUCAAUGACGAGAUGCGCUCGCCGAACGGCAUCGCCCUGAGUCCCGACCGGCGACACCUCUACAUCAGCGACACCGAGGCCGCGGGUCAGUCGGCGCCGAUCUCCCUCGAUCUGCCCAGCCCCGGCGUGGCCGGUCUGCUGUUCAACACCACCGGCAAACGCACCAUCUACAAGUUCGAUCUCAUCGACCAGGGACACGCCAUUGCCAACAAGCGUCCCAUCCACUACGACGCAAUCGGCACGGUGCCCGACGGACUCAAGGUGGCCCGGAACGGAUGGGUGGUGACGGCGAGCGGGAAUGGAUUGAGCGUGAUGGACGAGUAUGGGGAGAUGAUCGCGCGCGUGCAGGUCAAUUUCACCGUCAACAACUUUGUCUGGGCCGAUGUGGACGACUAUCGGGAGGUGUGGAUGGUGGGACAGGGAGGCGUGGGACGCGUGCGAUGGGAGCUCCAGGGGCAAAAAGCCGUUUGA